AUGCCUGCUCCGUCCACUGCCGCUCUGGGCGCCUAUCGCCAGAUCCUCCGCUCUACUCGUGUUGCCUUCCGAGAUGAUGUCCGCGUCAUGAUCGCCGCUCGUCAAGAGGCUCGCCGCAACUUCGACCAGAACCGCCGCGUUGGUAUCGACACCGGCAUGCAAAUCAACCACGCCAUCGAGGUUGCGAACCUCCUGCGCCAUAACUUGGUUCAGGGCGCUCGGGAACAGGGCGAUGAGGCCGCAAAGUGGGAACUACGAAUUCACGAUGAGAUCGAGCGCGGCGACAACGACUCUAUCAAAGUGGGUAAUGAGAAGGUCAAGAUCCACAAGGCUUGCUCAUCUUAA